AUGGCGAUCUCGGACGCGCGGCAAGCGCGCUGCGACACGAUGGCAGCCAAUGGCGCCGUGUACUUGGAGCCGCUGCUUCGAAACGUGCCGCUGACGAGCUGGACGACGUGCUGGAGCGACGCGUUUGAGCUCACGAUCGGCCAUACGCUGCGCAACUCGAUCCUCGGACACAGUUGGCUCGCGACGACGCUUCACGCGCGCAGCAAUAUCUCGGCGGUGCACGAAGCAACGUACUGGCGCGCCCACGGCAUCCAACUCUUUGAGACCCAGUGGCAGAAUUACAAGCGCAUUGGGCUUCUCAAUAGCUACGCGGUCACAAAUGCAUUUGGCGUGACAUAUCCAUUUACGCUCCAGUCACUCAACGGCACGUACGGCCGCCACUCGGCGACGACACUCAAAAUGUACUGGAGCUUUGCCAACGACCUUUUGCACGCGGUGGUCGUCAAUGCCACGUCGUCGGACGGCACGAGCUUACUGCGCUCGGAUGCUUCGUUUCUCUACGCCAACACGUCGUUGGAGGCGACGCUUGUCCAAGAAGGCGUCCUCGCGUGGCCCCUCGACCACGGUUUGGACCUUGUCCGGCAGCGCCUCGGGCCCUUUGGCAGCAUCGACAUGCACUUGAUUGCGUGUCCGAGAAGCCUCCUUGACACCAUUCGCAGCAUCUCGGCCAGCGUGCGUGACGCGGUCCGGCGUCACCAGCACGUCCAAGACCUCUACUUCAACAUGACGCUUGUGGAUGCGAUGCAUGCAGUGCCGCAGCCAUGGCUCGACGCGAAACUCAUGCAGUUUGGUGCUUCGAUCCUAUGCCCGGCACAUCCACCGACGAUCAACCAACCUGUUUUCGGUGGCACGCUCAUGGCGUUUACUUUGGACGGGAGCGAGUGCCCGACGGACAUCACGUCCAAGCUGUACCCGUCCGCGGACAUGCUCUUGGCCGCCGCCGUGCUUACGAACCUCUCGGCGACGACGCGCGACACUCUCGCAGACAUCUGCGGCCACGAUAAGAUCAAUGGCGCAGCCUGUUUACAGUACCUUCCUGAUACCUUGCGGGUGCUAAACGCCAUUUCGCCCAUGGUGCUGCCGAAUCUCAGUCGAGCGAUCGCCGACACGUGGCAGCUCGGCAUUGGCAUGGUCACCUAUGCACGACGACCGCCGUCGACGACGCUAACGCUCGAGCACGCACGGCUGCUGAGCGAGGAAGACCCCUCGUACGGCUUUUUCGGCUGGUGUUCGCUCUAUGACUGGGCGAUCGGGCACCGGCAAGUGGUUCAGUUCCAAGGCGACAGCGGCACCCUCACGCUCCUCUCCGAGUACAUUGAGCCUGUCGCGCAGGCGACCUUGAGCUGGCAACUGCCCCAAAGCGCUGCGCGGUACGCCUACAUUGGCACGACGUACGUCACGUACUGUCUUUUGGGGCUCGCGGCCGUCACGACGGCGUACAUUCUUCGGAGCUAUGGCCACGUGGAAGGCUGGAACAUGGCCACGCUCAACUCGGUCGGUGGCAUGGUCUGGGUGGGCCGCCCGCUCUUGCUGCUGCGCAGUAUGACGGCCAUGAGCCUCCUCUCGACAAGUGCUCUGGACUUGGCUUUUGACGGGCGCAUCUCUGGCUUUACUGCGUCGCACAACCCGUGGUAUACCACUUGGCUCGCUGCGAGCGAAGUCACGUGGCUCGUCGCCGUCGUCAAUGACGUGGCCAUGGCGGUGACGCAAGCCUACACGAUCUACUACGCGACGUUCAAUUUGGCGAUUGUGUGGCUCGUCGCGGCCGUCCUCAGCAUUCAAUACCCCGUCGAACACGCGGCCUCGCUCCUUCCGACGUGCAAAAUUGAGCAACUCGACUGGCAGCUUGUGUGCGAAAGCGCGUUGCUCCAAAUCGGGCAUCCCAGCCGGCUGAUCACGCUUGUCGGUACGGUCUUUAGCUGCAACGGUCUCUGCUAUCUCGCGACGCGGCUAUUGUGGCACUAUCGCCGAGCGGCAAGUCCAACGGGUGCGACCCACUCGCUCUUCUUGUACGCAGGCGCCCAGUACCUUUAUACGACCGACCGCUGGCUCUACAACGACGUCUACUACCUUGAUCGCGCCUCGGCCGUGCUCAACGGAAUCCUCACACUGCGCUGGCGAGGCGUCUUGUACGCCUGCGACAUCAAAAUGUGGCGCAUCCUCACGGUAUCCCUGCCGACGACGUGGGACGUGCCGGACGCCCACCCGUUUGCAAAAGCAUCGAAAAUGGCAAUGCCGCUUCGAUCAUGACGAGCACGGCUUCAGUCUAUCAACGUAUCAAGUGACGCGAGGGCAGAAUUUCCUGUUCAAGGCCUCUGACCACCCGCAGGACCUCAUAGACGGUCGUACAGUU